AUGAAGGCUAUGAUCGCUGCUGUCCUCUUCGCCCUCGUGGCUACCUCCCUGGCCGGUUAUCUGGGUUACGGAGGUUACGGAUACGGUGGUUACGGUGGUUACGGUUACGGUGGUUACGGAUACCCAGUAGGACGUGCCGUAGCCUACAGUUCAUCCAUCCGUCACCCAGGUUAUGGAUACGGACUCGGAUAUGGAUAUGGUGGAUAUGGUCUCGGAUAUGGUGGAUAUGGUCUCGGAUACGGCGGAUACGGACUCGGAUAUGGUCUUGGAUACCGUGGUUACGGACUCGGUCACGGAUACGGUUAUGGCAAAUACUGGUAA